AUGCACGCUGCGAUCAUCUUGUGCGUUCUUAUUGAUGAGCUGGGGAGAGGCAAGCUUAGCGCUCUAAACGUAACUGGGCCCUUUCUCAAAUACCGUCUGGACAGCUUUGGCGCUCUGGUCAAACUCUACAUACAAGACCAGAAGAUGAGUCGCGUCGCGGACCUUAUUAGUCUAGUCUCCCGAAAGCAGGAUGAGAAUAUGGAAUACUGCCUUCGAGACUAUCUUGUAGCGCUGAAGUCCCACGGCUGGAUGCCUGUCAAGGAUGACGACGAAUCCGAUAAACGAGAUAAGGUUGUCAAAUUACAGUUCCAUUGGCUUGACAACCAAUCACGUGAAGCCACUAAGGAGAUACCCCUUACAAGUGGCAAUUUGAGUAUGAAGGCGAUGGCCCAACGGCAAAUCCAAUUUGAGAAAGACGGACACCCCUCUCCCUUCCGGUAUUCGAACGUUGACCACAGCUCGGCCGCUAGGGGGAACGUUGUCACCACUAUCCUAUCAGGAUACGUUGGUGAGGCCGAGUUGCAUCUCCGGGACCCCGAAAAGUUCAAGGCAGAGCUUGAACAAAAAUGGAUUAUCGCCCGAGUUGCCGCCAUGAGUGGCGCUGCCGAAAUUCCCGACUUGCUCCUUAUACCUGAGUUGACCGUAUAG